AUGCUCAUGUUUACACCUUCUGAAUGCGGAUUCAUUCUAAGCUGGUUCUGCCACAAGAAGGAAAUAUAUCUGCGACAAAUGCCAGAGAUGUCCUUAUCACCGGUAAAAUGGCGACGCCGUAGCUGGAGGACCAUGGUAGCUGCUGCUCGAAAAGAACCGAUCACACCAAGUGUGCCAGUUUCCACUCGAGUGCAGGAGUUAGAAAAACGUAGCAGCAACGAAAAUGAGGAGGGCACUAAUGUGAAACUCAUGUUGCAAAGUAUUCUUGACAUGUUGUCCAUGCAAAAUAAUAGUCAUGAAAAACUUGAUAACGAGACGUCAAACACCAACGAAGAGUUGCAAGCGACUGCUGCUGAAUUAGAAGAAAUUCGCAUGAUCUUAUUGAUGACCGAAAGAAAAUGCGCAGCAAUGCAGAAAAAGAAUGAUAAUUUGAAAGCAGAAAAUAACGCGCUGAAGAAACAAGUGCGCUACGCCGGUGAAGUUCACAAGCGAAAAACAUGCAAAGAAAGACCGUUGACACUUAGUCAGUCAUUCGAUAGUGGUAGGCAUGAUUGCGAAACUUUUUUGAAUCACGAGAAAAGUGUGGCUGAGCUACAGGAAAAGAUAACCCUCUUGAAUGCUGAACUACAAGAAAAGGAAGCCUUGAUCGAGAGCGAAAGAUCCGCCCACAAGGCUCAGUUGCGAGAUUUUAUCACAGCUGUAAAGGUGGCUGAAAGAUGUCGCGAGGAGGCUCAAUUGGAGUUAACGAGACUCAUCAAAGCUUGUCGCAGCGUGAGUACACCGGACGAAGCGUUAUGGUUUGAAGUUAUGCAGAAAUUCAAACGAAACUCCAAAAGAAAUGCUCUUCUGGCGUGGGCUCAAGCACAUCUAACUGCCUAUCCGUCUAUCUCGGUCUCAAACUUCACAAACGACUGGUCCGACGGGAGAGCAUUCUGCGCUCUUGUACACCAUUUUCGCCCUGAUAUGGUCGAGCGUAUUAUGCUGCUACAGCGAGACGUAUGUCCUCAUUUGGCUGUGGACUUAGCUGCCAAACUGAAAAUCCAACUCGAUCAGAAUAUAUUCACAGAGUCAAAGCCAGAUUUUCGACAAGUCAUGGCGGCAGUGUUUGAACUCUACAAAAAGCUGGAGGUGGAAGUCGCGGAAGAAGACUGCUAA